GGACUGUUGUUUGUAAUGAAGAAAGAGCUCCACCCUCGGUCACCGACACAACUGCUCUGCUAAUAAAUAAGCACAAAGCAUUUCCCUUUGUUCAUCUCCAACAUGGAUGCUUUUCAGAGGAUUUUAAAAUUCUUCCUUAACCAGAAGACUGCUAUUGGCUACAGCUUCCUGGCUCUGCUGGCCGUGGGAAGUGAGCGUCUCUUUUCACUCGUGGCUUUUAAGUGUCCCUGCAGCACUGAGAACAUGGUCUAUGGGCUGGUUUUCCUUUUUGCUCCUGCCUGGGUGUUACUGAUCCUGGGAUUCUUUCUAAACAACAGGUCCUGGAGACUCUUCACAGGUUUCUGUUUGAAUCCCAGGAAGAUCUUCCCCAGAGGCCAUAGCUGUCGCUUCUUCUACGUCCUCAGCAAGAUCACUCUGAGUUCAUUGGUGGCUCCCACAAUGUGGCUUUCUGUGGCUUUGCUCAAUGGGACGUUCUACGAAUGUGCCGUGAGCGGGACGAAGAGCUCAAGACUCCUAGGACUGAUUUGCAAGGGUAAGCCCCAGGAGUGCUGGGAAGAACUCCACAAAGUAUCUUGUGGCAAAACCAGCAUGACCCCUGCGGACAAUGAAGAGCUGAAACUGUCCCUGCAGGCCCAGUCUCAGAUUCUAGGAUGGUGCCUGAUUUGCUCAGCAUCUUUCCUCUCUCUGCUCACCAUUUGUUAUGCUCGCUGCCGAUCUAAAGUCAGCUACCUUCAGCGGAGUUUUUGGAAGAUGUAUGCACAAAAGGAGAAGGAGCAUUUGGAAAAUACGUUCCUGGACUAUGCCAACAAAUUGAGUGAGAGAAACCUGAAAUGCUUUUUUGAAAACAAGAGGCCAGAUAUCUUCCCCAUGCCCACUUUUGCUGCCUGGGAGGCUGCUUCCGAGAUGCAUUCCUUCCACCAAAGCCGGCAACACUACAGCACCCUCCAUAAGGUGGUGGAGGAUGGUCUGGACCUUAGUCCUGAGGACGAUGAGACCACAAUGGUACUCGUGGGUACUGCCCACAAUGUGUAGCUCAUCCACCAUCGCUGACUCAUGGUGUCCAGAUUACACUCAUUCUGACAUCUUCCUACUGCUUAACAACAACCUCUGUAUCUCGGUGUUUUCUCACAUUUAGCAUUUCUUUAUAAGCCAAUAACACAAAAGAAAGCAGCUUGCCAGCUCCCAAGUCCAGACAGUGUCAUCAUGUGCUCAAACUGAUGCUGGGAAAGUGGCAAGCACAGUGACAAAGGUGCUCCUGCACUGCUUGGAGCUGGGCUUGGUGACUUUGAGUUCUAAGAUUUUAGGAUUCAACAGUGGACUCAUGCAAGGUCUGCCACUCUAUAUAAAUACUGGUCAUUGCAUCUGGGGUCAGCAGUGGUGACUGGUGAGUGAGCAAGUGACUUUUAAUAGACGGCUGUACCCAAGGGGACCUGUGGUAAAGUCAGUGGAAAUUCUUGUCCUGUAAAUCUAUCCUACUGAUUUUCAAGGACGUUUGAAAUUCAUUCCCUCAGAAUCUGAAGAUAAUCAGUUCUUAAAAAUAACACACUGAAAGGAUAUGAUGCAUAAAAUUCAGAGUUUUUCACAUAUUCCCACUGUGCACUGAAAAUAUGCUCCUACAGAUAAUUUUUCCCUCUUUGACCCCUUUCUACAUUAAAAAAAUACACAUACACACAGAAAUAUACACACACAUAUGUGUACUUAUAUUUAUGACUAUAUUGAUAUAAAGACAAAUAUAUUAAUACUAUAUAUUAAAACAUUUUUUUUCAAUCCAAAAGUUUGGUUAUUUCUUUCAGAUUUUAAAUAAAUUCAAAAUACUUUUGUGAGCCCCUACAAGUAUUACGGGCUCUAGGCACAGUGUCUACUGUGCUGAAUGAGUAAGUCAGCCCUGAUUGGAGAUCUGGGGAAAUUGUCCAAAGUGGUGUUGGUUUGAAAAUGUUCUGAAGUUUUAUAUUUAUCAGAAAUAACACUUAUUUUUCAUUUUUCAUCCCACAUUAGUUUAAAUACAUAUGUUGUAUGUGCCAUAUAUAUAAUAUAUAUUUAGAAUUCCCCUUAUACCUCUGAGUGCAACUGAUGUUUAAGGGACAGGCGCAGUGUUUUAUAUUGUGAUUCACACCUUAUUUCACUAAGAGUCCUUGUCUCCUAGUAGAGAAUCCUGGGGAUGAAACCUUUUCACCAUGGAACAUUAUCCUUAAUUGGAGAAAGGCCCUUAUUAGGUAUAAGACCUGGAAAAUACCCUUGGGAACUUGGAGGUACAGGAUCUGGUGUGUGUGUAGGUGGGAGAGUGAGAGGUGGGGGUCGUGAGGUUUCAAUAUUAGAAAUAUUAUUUGGGUUUUAAACAUGGUGCAUGAUAAAAGUUUAACCACUGACACUCAAAAGAAAAAAAAAGUCUUGAUUUGAAGUGUUUGCCAAUUUCCAUGUGUAAUUUCAAGUUACCAGGUUAUGUCAUUGAAGGCAGAAUUAGUGCCUAACUUCAGUGCAUCUGGGUUUCACUUUAAUAAACUUAACCAUGGUAAAUUAAACAUGGCUCAAUGUCUCCAGUUGAGAGAUGGCAUCUUAUUCUCUUCCUCUUGGAUAUGGCCUGAAUGAACCAAUAGAAUGUAACCAAAUGGAAGACAGACUGUAAAAGUGUUGCAUCUUAUGCCUUAGUCUCUGGCAAUGCUCAGCCUGGUGGAAGCCAGCCACCAUGUAGGAAGUUCAAUAACCCUGAGAAUUCCAAGCUCUGAAGGAGGCCAUGAUAGCCAAGUGGAGAGACAGAGAGGUGGAGUGAGAGAGAGAGAGACAGGUGCCUGAUCAGGCCCAGGACUUCCAGUUAUUCUAGAUUAGGUGCCAGACAUGUGAGUGAAGAAACCAUUUUGGACAUUUCAGCCUCAGUGGACAUUCAUGGAGAGGAACCAGGGAACCCAGCAAACAGCCAACCUCAGACCUGUGGUCCUCGUGAAGCCAUCCCAGCAAUCAGACUUCUGAGCUGCCCUGUCUGAGCCUGCAGACAUUGUACUCCCCAUUAUGUCUUCUUCAAAUUCCUGAUGCAGAAAAUCAUGAGCUUAAAUAAAUGUUUGUUUUUAAAGCCACCAAAUUGUGGUAGUCUAUGAAGCAAUAGAUAGCCUGAACACUAAUACAUGAAAAUAAGAAUUUAUUAAAGGAGAGAAAUUAGAGGCAAAUUGAAUUUAAGCAUAGAUUUAUACAAAGAUUUUGUACAUAGGCUUUUCCUUAAUAUGUUUUCCUUCUAGAUCCAGUUAGCAGUAUAUCUCCUAUAGAAUGAUUUGAUAGAUGCUGAAUAGGUACCUCUCCAAAAGAGCUUCACCAAAGCCUGAGGUUCAUUUUUAAUUAUUUCUGGUUAAACUUGGUUUGAGAAAAACACAAUUACUACUGGUUAAAUUCUUUUUAAAGUAAAUAUUACUGGGAGGAGUAACAUCUCAUUUGUCAUUAAUAACUAAAAAAUGGUAGGGGAGGGUACAAUACAGGUCUUGAGUGAACUAGAACCAGAUUGUCUUCUAGUCUUGUUCCUCAACAUGUUGUAUUCAGAUCGUCAGCAUCAUAUCAUGAGGAAUUUUGUUAGAAAUGCAGAAACAGACCCCAUCUCAGACCUGCUGGAUCAAGUCUGCAGUUUCACAAGAUCUAAGAUGACUCCUAUGCAACCUAAAUUUUAGAAGUGCUGGGGAGGAUUAAAGAUGGCAGCGUGAGAGGUGAGACAGAGGCUUCCUCCUAAAACUGCAUGUAAUACAAAAA